AUGGCAAGGGCGGAGUCCGCGCUGGAGCUGCUUUGUAAUCUGCUCUUGGGAUAUUUAAUGGGUGCCACCCCAUUGCCUGCUGAUGGUGCUGCUCCACAUUAAUAUUCUGAAGGGUGAUAACGGCUGCUGUGGAUGUCAUGCUUUUAUUUAUGGGAUUGUAUUUGGAUAUUAUGGAUUGUUUUUUAAGGAGGAGAAUCUGUUACGAAGCCGAACUGCUCUCCCUUAUGUUCUGCUACAUCCUUGACACUCGUUUUUAUUGAGUGCUUAAUUUCAGCUUCACCCCAAGAAGUCAGGGAGGGACCCUCAGACCACAAAUGUCUGAGCCCAGGAACUCAGCAGCCCCACAACACAGAGCAUGAGGGCUGCAUGGACGUCCUGUGCCCAUGUCCCACUGUCACCCAGCCAGAAUGAGGUUUCCCAAUGAGAAUCCCAGAAUGCUUGAUGUUGCGAGGGACCUCUGGAGAUCAUCCAGCCCAACCUGCCUGCACAAGCAGCUUUUAGAUUUGUGAUAGAUGGAGUCAUCCUGGAAGGGGUGGAGUUUGUCUUCAUUUGUGCUUUUGACUUUGUAAGAAGUCGAAGCGAGUGUAUAUACAGAGGAAGAGGAGAGGAUGAAGGAACAGGUAGCAAUGUUUGAGAUCAAGACAGCGGGUGGCUGUUGUGGCCUUCCCCAGUGGCCCUUGCAACCCCACUAACUCCACAUGGCUAAUAACAACCCCGUCCUUUCUUCUCACCCUGUGCAGAAGCUGUGGUCAUGUCCUUACUGCUCUAGGCCUGUCCCUACCACCUGCAGGAUGCGUGCCUGGAAGGCGGUGGCCAGCACGCUGGUGCUGAGCGGGGUGGAUGUGGUGGUCACCACGCUGCUCUACGCCCACGGCCGGCGGGGUCGGGACAUCCUUCAGGACCUGCGGCACUUCAACAUCUUCAACUCGCUGCUGGACAUCUGGGGGGGCUGUCUCUACCGCAGCUGUGUGCUGCUGGGGGCUGCCAUUGGGGUGGCCACCAACACGGCCUAUGGCCCCCGGCGCCUCAGGGCUUCACGGACCUUCAUUGCUGUCGUCUGCCUCCUCAUGGGCAUCUACAUGAUGGUGAAGCUGCUGCUCUACUCUGAGGUGCGGAGGACCAUCAGGGACCCCUGGUUCUGGGGGCUCUUUGCUUGGACCUACGUGGCGUUAGCUGCCACCUUUGGGCUGUGGCAGCUGCUGGCCUGUGUCACAUCUUCCCGCGAGGCGCUGGGGCAUGGCUCUGAGUCCCGCACCGAGGCAGAGGAGAGUUGCGAUGCCCCACGGGACAAGCGAGAGGAGGCAGCGGGACCCACCAUCCAUAAGCUGCUGUCCUACACCAAGCCAGAUGCCGUCUUCCUGGGUAUUGCUUCUUUCUUCCUCCUCGUGGCCGCGCUGGGAGAGACCUUCCUGCCCUACUACACAGGGUUGGCCAUUGAUGGCAUCGUGGUGCAGAAGAGCAUGGACCGCUUCUCCACGGCAGUGCUGGUCAUGUCGCUGCUCGCCAUAGGAAGCUCAUUUGCCGCAGGUGUCCGGGGCGGCGUUUUUACGCUCAUAUUUGCAAGACUGAACAUCCGCCUUCGCAACUGCCUCUUCAGGUCACUGGUGUCUCAAGAGAUGAGUUUCUUUGAUGAGAAUCGCACAGGGGAUGUCAUCUCCCGCCUGACAUCGGACACAACCAUCGUGAGUGACCUGGUCUCCCAGAACAUCAACAUCUUCCUGCGCAACGUGGUGAAGGCCACAGGGGUGAUCUUCUUCAUGUUCAGCCUCUCAUGGAAACUCUCGCUUGUCACCUUCAUGGGCUUCCCCAUCAUCAUGCUGGUGUCUGACAUCUACGGGAAGUACUACAAGAAACUCUCCAAGGAUGUGCAGAACGCCCUGGCCAAGGCCAACAACACUGCUGAGGAGACCAUCUCUGCCAUGAAGACUGUCCGCAGCUUUGCCAAUGAGGAGGCAGAGGCAAAUGUGUACUGGCAGAAGCUGCAGCAAGUGUACAGACUCAACAAGCGGGAGGCCCUGGCUUACACCUACUACGUGUGGUCCAGCGGGCUCACCCUCCUGGUGGUCCAGGUCAGCAUCCUGUACUAUGGAGGACACCUUGUGAUCUCAGGGCAAAUGACGAGUGGAAACCUGAUAUCCUUCAUCAUUUAUGAGUUCGUCUUAGGAGAUUGCAUGGAGUCUGUGGGCUCUGUCUACAGCGGCCUGAUGCAGGGAGUGGGUGCUGCUGAGAAGGUGUUUGAGUUCAUCGACCGCAAACCAACAAUGGUCAACGAUGGGUCACUGGCCCCAGACCAUGUGGAUGGAAAGGUGGAGUUCAGAAACGUGACGUUCUCUUACCGCACUCGUUCCGCAACGCAGGUCCUCCAGAACGUGUCCUUCACCCUGCACCCUGGCAAAGUGACGGCACUGGUGGGCCCCUCAGGGAGUGGGAAGAGUUCCUGCGUCAACAUCCUGGAGAAUUUCUACCCUCUGCAAGAUGGGCAGGUGCUGCUGGAUGGGCAUCCCAUUAACAUGUACGAUCACAAGUACCUGCACUCAGUGAUCUCUCUGGUGAGCCAAGAGCCAGUGCUGUUUGCUCGCUCUAUUGCCGAUAAUAUUUCUUACGGAUUAGCUUCAGCCUCCUUUGAGUCGGUUGUUCAGGCUGCCCAGAAGGCUAACGCUCACGCCUUCAUCACGGAGCUACAGGAUGGCUACCACACAGAGGCAGGUGAAAAAGGAGCUCAGCUAUCAGGUGGCCAGAAGCAGAGAGUGGCUAUUGCCAGGGCCUUGAUCCGAACCCCUCCCAUCCUAAUCCUGGAUGAAGCCACAAGUGCACUGGAUGCAGAGAGCGAACAUGCGAUUCAGCAGGCGAUUUACGGUGACUUGCAGAACCACACAGUGCUUGUCAUAGCUCACAGGCUGAGCACUGUCGAGAAGGCACAUAACAUCAUUGUGCUGGACAAGGGCCGCGUGGUGCAGCAGGGCUCACACAAGGAGCUCAUGGAAGAAGGAGGUCUUUAUUCUAAGCUGGUGCAGAGACAGAUCCUGGGGCUUGAGGCGGGUAGUGCAGACAGCCGUCAACCCACAGCCCGGGGGGAUUCAGCGAAGGCGCCUGGCGGGCUGGAGGGAGAGUUCAGGAUAGACCAUCCCCUUCCAGCUGCGGCACAGGACGACUGUAACAACACAGCUCAUAAGUGAGAGCAGCGAGGGCUGGCGCUUGAGACGCAUGCUGGAUGCAGCAGCAGGAGGUGGCUUGCCAACCGGCCGGCACGCCGCACAGUGUGCCCGUUUGCUCAUCCUGCGUGCCCCACACACCUUUGCACACACACAACCACACACUAUAGAGCUUCCUGCAUUACUGCCCAGUGGGCAGAUGCCUGCUGGUUAAACAGGGAAACAGAUUUGGGAGUUGGGUCUUUAGCAAUUCCCAGCAUUUCUACUGGGUUUCUUUUCUUACUACCAGUAAUUCCUCACAACUGGGACUUUUCUUCCAUUGAUAUGCAUGUGUAACUGAUAUUAACUGUAAUGGUUGUAAAAUGCAUGCAUGGAGGGGAAAUUCCCCUUCAGGAAUUUCAGGGGUUGGCUCUUAUAGCCAGAUAGAAAAGCAGUGACUGGUGAAGAAGGUCCUGCUUCUGCUGUGAUCCAUGGAGCCAGUCUGAAGUCUGUAGGGAACUCCCUUUGGCUUCAGUGAAAACUGGAUCACUCUUGUGGGGCUGAAUGCCAGGAGAAUUUUGCACUGAGUGCCUGCAGGCUCAGGUUCAUAACCACGGCUGCUGAGCUUGUUUCAUAUAGUAACCAUCCUUUCUGGAAUAAGCUAGGGGACCAGGAGGUGGGUGUUGCAUUUAGAUUUGCUUGUGGUGCUUGGUGGGUAUUUGGUUUUGUUUUUAAGGAUGAAGAGUUUUACCCUAAUUGGGUUAGGGUGGUGGGGUUUUUUGUUUGUUUGUUUGUUUUCUUCUUAUAUUUCCAUGUGCACUACGCAAUGUCUGUCUGGCUCCAGCAUCUUCUCAAAUUUAGUCUGUUAUUUCAGUAUUUUUUUUAUAUCUCACAACCCUGGUGCUGGUUUGAAAAACACUCCUAAAGAUAGGCAUAAAAUACUCAAAGACAGCACUUUAUGAAUCCCACUGAAGCUUUGUUCAGCUUCAGGCACUGCUAGUGACUACAUUGCAUGGGAAACCCAUACAGUCACUUCCCUUGAAGUCAGACUUCCUCUGCCUGAAGUUGAAAAUGCGUUUCUUUGAAUACUAUUUAUUAACUUUUAGUAAGAGUGAAAGAAAGAAAGCUGUUGCUCCUAGCCCUUCUGCAUAAUGGCUCUCUGGCUUUGUAGUUUUAUCCUGCCAUAGACUAAAGGUGAAGCUUAACCAGGCAGGCAGUUGCGAUUGAAAAAUAGCAUUGGAUUUUAUAUGGGAAUGAUUGACUCAGAAUGUGCAUAGCUAAGAAAUGAUCUCAAGCACUUUAGCUCUCAUGUUUUCCAAUAUUUGAAUGCUGCUGUGUUUUCCUUUUUGGCAGUUUUGUUGUUGGUAAUGUUUUGGUUUUGCUCAGUAAUGUUUUACAAACUCUUUAGUGUCCUUGAGGAGGGAUGCUCAAAAGAAAAAUAAAAUACUACCUCUGCCACUAAAAACUGA